AGUGUCACCAGCAGCAAGGACUCCGACCGUCUCUGCUUCCCCCCUUAAUUAAUUACCUUUACUUGUACUUCACCUUGGCCGACCCGCUUCUUCAUCCACAUUGAAUGGUGAGAAUCGGGGGCUUCGUCUUCUCUUGUCCAAGAUCAAGGGACUUGAUGGAAUGGAUCCUCUCAAAGCGCGUCUCAUUGCCUGAUUUCUGCUGCCGCACCGCAGCCGCAGCCCCGAAUCAACGGAAGCAGUCCAAUAUGUACUGCAUUCUGAAGCAACUCCGGACGAUGCACAAGCUACAAGCAGUUAUUACAGCUUCAGGAGUGAAGCGCAUGCGCGGGUGCGAACACACACACCUACACAACAGAUGGCAGUCUCGUUGCUUCUUCAGCCUCAGCCGGCCAGCGGCAGUCGACCGAGUCAGACGCUCAGACCAUUCCGUCCGAAUCGACGUGGGUGGCGACGGCGCAUCCCUUUUCCAGCUCAUCCCCGACGUCUCAUUGGGCAGCUUUGGUGAUUGUGCAUUCUCCUUCCUGGUUCAGCCAGCCGUGACGACAUUGUUGGCGUGUUUACUUCCUCUCGAGUUUUCGUGGGACGUUAUGUUGAUCCUUGAGCCAUCUCAGCAAGCACGGCGAAAAAGAAAGCAAGCAAGAAGAGCGUUUGCCUCGACGUCUGGAUGGCUGCAUGCACGCAUGCAAGCCUCAAGGCCAAACGGCGUGACUCGAGCCAACGAAUCCAGCAAACCUUAAAGAGGCUGCAUUCCACCUCGCAGGCCUCCUCCAACGAGACGCCCUGUAUGGCCUGCUAGAGGCCGCUGGAGUCAUGCCGUUCCCCGCACCCCAACACCCUCUUUGGAGGCUGGAUGCGAGCGUGUAAGCCAGCCCGGCGAAUGCUUCUCUUGUCCAAGAUCGGGGGGUGGUGUAUCACAGCCUGGAGCCCUGGACGGCGUUACAGCGUUACAUGCGUGCAUUG